AUGGAUUUGACGUGGUUGAGUGCGCUAAUCGUUGGAGCUGCACUUGGAUUCUGCAUUGGCACUCGUCGUUCCAAACCCGUUGUGGCUGUUGAACGGGAUAGCAAAAAUCAACUAAAGGGUCCUCUCGAGAUCGAGAAACUCGCUGAUAUUCUCGAUGAUUUCAAAAUGGUUCUUUACUACAUUUGUCACUCUCUCCCUCUACCUCUAUACGUUAUUCGAAAGACGAGAUGUUGA